AACAAGCCACUGUAAGGAAAAUAUCUAGGAACAAAUGUCUCGUCUUCAUUCCAAGCCCUUGAGCUUCCUGCUCUUCGCUUCACUUUACCUUCUCCUCCUCCACCCUGCUCUCGGUGACGAUCCUAUUAACCUCACCCCAGUUUAUCCCAACUGCUCCGGCGGAGCAUACACCAACGGCAGCGCCUUCCAAACCAACCUCAACACCCUCUUCUCCUCCCUCAACUCCAAGUCCCCCGCCUCCAACUUCUACAACGACACCGCCGGUACCGGCAUUGACCGUGUUUAUGGUCUCUUCCUCUGCCAAGGAGACCUCUCCCACACCGACUGCCAAGCAUGCAUCAAGGCGGCCACCACCGACAUCCUGAAGGCGUGUUCCCAACGCCAGGCCGUCAUCUUUUACGACUACUGCCAACUCCGCUACUCCGACUACGACUUCUUCGGCAUCAUGGACCCCAUUGGCAUCGCCAUGCGCAACAGCAACAACGUGUCGGAUCCUGAAAGGCCACUGAACUUCGUCUCUAACCUUGUGAAGGAGGCUCCGAACAACAAACCGUUGAUGUUCGCCGCCGAAGCAUCGGCUCGACACCAUUUGUUUGGAAUGGCGGAGUGCACCAUGGACAUCACCAGCGCCGACUGCGCCAAGUGCUUGAACACAAUCUUUGAGGGCAUCAAGAGCUGUUGCAGUGGCUACCAAGGGUGGCGAUUCCUAAGUCCCAGCUGCAGCAUUCGGUAUGAGGCCAUCUCCUUUCUCCGAAACCAAAACUCCACAUCCUCCGAUCUUGUCCUGAGCAAAUGCUCUGACGACGAGCUCCCAUCAGGCGAUGGCAGUUUGCAACAAGACCUCGAUCAUCUACUUUCUUCUCUACCAAGCCAAGCUCGUGCCAGUGGCUUCUACAACACCAGUGUCGGCGUCGACCCGGACCGGCUCUACGGGCUCGCGCUCUGUAGAGCUGAUCUUGCUCCGGGAAGCAAAGCCUGCCUUAAUUGUCUCAACGACGCCGCCGCCGAUGCGGUCGACGAGUGCCACGACAAGACGCAAGCCAUCGUCUGGCACGAGAAGUGCCUCUUGAGGUACUCCAAUAGAAACUUCUUUGGUGCAGUCAGCAAUGACAUGAGGGUUCUAUGCAACCGGGUGGAGAUAUCAGAGGCAAACGAUGCAGCUGUGAUUCAAAUGAUGACGAGUCUCUUCGCGAAGGCCCCAGAAAGCCUGAGAAUGUUUGCAGCCGGUAAGGUCACACUGGGGAACGACACUGGCUAUGGACUGGUGCAGUGCACGAGAGAUCUUGGCAGCGAGGGUUGCCAGGAUUGUCUGAGAGAAGCGAUGGGAAACGCGACGGACGCCUGCAAGCAGAGGAAAGGUUGGCGGUCUUUGUCAGGGAGUUGCACGGUGAGGUAUGAGAGCUAUGCGUUCUUCAACACCAGCAUAUUGGCGGCAGAUGCUCCGGCUCCGGCGCCGGCUGGGAAAGGGCAUGUGAAUUCGUUUCCUCCGGUCAAGAGUUGGGGGAGUGCUUGUGGGCCAAAUUUUAUGACCGUAGGACUGCUUUGUCUAUUGGCGAUCAAUUCUAUGGAUGGACUUGGGAAGUGGUAGGGAGGUCUAUCCAAUUUAGUGCAGAGAAAGAUAAGAUCUCUACUUUUCGUACUGCGUUUUAAAUUUGAGAUGUAACUAUGUUUCCCUUUUUUUUUUUUUUUUGCUGAAAAACUAUGUUUC